AUGGCUGCGGCCGCUGUCUUGGCUUCUUCCGAAAGCCUGAGAGGAAGCGCAUUCGCUUACCCUCUGACCCAGACCUCGACGACGACUGGCUGGGAUGAGACGUCCUUACGCCGGAAACUGCACCUGAUUUCCAGUAUUUGGAUUACAAGCAGGCAUUCGAGUCAUAAAACAUUAUACACUGGUGCAUCCAAGGAAAAGCAUCUGAUUUUGCCCGAUGUUUCACCUUCUUGGUAUCGCAGAUUACGACAUCUCGGCGAAGCAGGAGGAGCGGAAGCCCCUGCAGCUUACGCUGAUGACUCUUUCAGCUACGCUGUCCGCAAGCAAACCCCCGCACCUGAUGUUGAUUCCCUACCAACAACAAAAGAUGCUCCUCUGCGGAAACGCGAUUCUCCUGACGACUUGUUCUCCGACCCGUUUACACCAUCCUCAGCGAUCGACUUCGAGUGGCUAGAGAACGUCGUCCAAGCCGCUAAGAAGAAGAAGAAAGCUGGUGGUAACAAUAACAAUAACAACACUGGAAACGGCUCGGGCUGGGGCGAUGAGGGCAAAAGGGAAGAUACUAAUGCCAAUGGCGAUAACGGCGCCAACGGCGGUGACGCGGGUGGCGAUACUGGCGCUGGCGCGGCCGGCGACGGCGACGGCGACGGCGACGACAGCAAAGAUCACAAAGAUAACAAUGACAACGGCGGUGAUGGCGGCGGCGAUCCCGUUGAUGAUUGGGAUACUUUCACCACUGCCAAGACCAAAAAGAAGAAGAAGGGUGCCGCUGCCGCUGCUGCUGCCGAGCCAGACCCCGUUCCAAAGAUUCCAGACGCUGACUUUGGUGGCGAUGCCUUCCAGGAGAUAAAACUCGGUGAUGAUGGCGGAAAACUCGAUGUCGAUUUUGAAGCUUCAGACACAAAAAAUACUUUCGGAUCCUGGGGUACCAAGUGGACCACUGGCGGCAACUCCUGGGACUGGUCAGGUACUACUGGGGCUCCCGCUGAAGCAAAAAAGGAUGAUCUCGACUCAAACCCAUGGGGUAACACCAAGAAUUCUAAAAAGAAGGCAGGCACUUCUUUUGCUUUCGGUUCCUUGGAUGAAGCGGAUGAAGACAAGUCUGCUGAACUGUCUCCUACGAAAGAACCCGAUGGGGUUGGUUUCACUGCUGUCGGAAAGAAAGAAAAAAAGAAAAAAGCAACUAGUGCUUGGGGCAUGAGUCUUGUGGAAGAGACCGGAGAGACCGCAGCGAAAGAACCUAACGCCGACCCCUGGGGUUGGGCCACUGCUACUAAGAAGAAAGGCAAAACCGAUGAACCGGAGCCGCAGACGAAGCCAGAGCCUGCACCCGCCGCCGCCGCCGCCGACUGGAUGAUGCCGGCUUCUAAAAAAGACAAGAAAAAGAAGAAGGGUGCCAUCGAAAGCGAGGCAGAACCAGAGCCAAUACCAGAGCCAGAGCCGGAAAAGAAAGAAGAAGAGGCCUGGGACACCUGGGGAACUGCGUCCAAGAAAAAGAAGAAGAAGGGUGCGGCCUCGGAUGACGCUGCAGACCCAGACCCAACGCUCGUAAACGCCCCGGAACCUGAGAAAAAGGAAGAUGAUGUGUGGGGCUUUACUUCGACCAAGAAGGACAAGAAGAACAAGAAAAAGGCCGCCCUUUUUGAUGAUGCUGACCCAACCCCGUCCUCCUUUGCCGAAGACACCAAGAAAGCAGACAAUGGUGACGAGUUCUGGGACAGCUUUGGAAAAAAGAACGACGCGAAGGAAGUCCCCGAACCCAAAACCGAGUCGGAGGUCAUAGUUGAGAAGGAGGACAAAAAACAAGAAGACGACUUCUGGGCUACCAUGGGCACCACUAAGAAAGACAAGAAAAAAAAGAAGAAGGGUGUCGACCUAGAACCAGAACCCGAGCCUGCCUCCGUUCCGGAACCCGACCCCGUAGACUCUUGGGGAGGUUGGAGCGCUGCCGGCAAAAAAGACAAGAAGAAGAAGAGCGAUCUGAUCAAUCUCGACGAACAAGACAAUAAUUCCGAAUCUAAGGACGACACCAACCAAGACGACGACUUCUUCAGCUCAUUUGGUGCCGGCAAGAAGGAUAAAAAGGAUAAGUCAAACACUCUAUUUGAUACUACUGGUGAGACAUAUCCACUCAAAGACGUGCAGGAGGUAACUACAGAUAUGGGGGCCACUGUUGGUGAUACCUCAGCCUGGACGUCAAAGUUCAAGCAGAGCGAACGGAAAACCAAGGACCCCAUGACUGAUCCUCGUACCCCUGUGCAUAACCCCACUGAACUGGACUUUACUGAGCCUGAGGAUACACAAGCAGAAGCCGAACUUAAAUCGAAACCCAAGGAUGACAAGGAAAAGGAGCCGAAACUAAGCGCAAAGGAACUCAAGAAGCUUGAAAAGGAGAAAAAGAAGGCCGACAAGGAAAAAGCCGAACAAGAAGCCCGCGAUGCCGAAGAAGCCACCGAGGCAGCCCAAGAUGUCGCCAAGGAAGCCGAAGAGCAAGCCGCUCGCGAAGCCGAGGAAGCCGUCGCCAAGGAAGCCGAGGAAAAGCUACGAAUGGAAGAGGAAGAGAAGGCGCUGAUUCUGCAAGAGGAAGAAGAACUAGCAGCUCUAACUGUGAAGAAAGCCAAGAGGGGAAAGCUUUUGAAGAAGGAUAAUGAAAAGUUUAACCGUCUCACAGAAAAAGCUUUGGAGCGCGCCGAGACGCAGGCGGCUAAGGACGCGGAAGAGCUAGCGGCUAAAGAGGCAGAAGAGAUAGCGGCUAAAGAGGCAGAAGAGCUCGCUGCGAAAGAAGCUGAAGAGCAGGCUAUCCGCGAAACUGAAGAGCAAGAGGCGCGGAAAGCCGAGGAAGAAGCUGCCAAAAAUUCGAAAAAGAGUUCCAAAUUAAAAGAGAAGGAAGAAAAGAAGAGAGAGAAGGAACGCAAGGAAGAGGAGGAAAGAGAACGAGAAAGAGAGAGAGAAGAGACUGAAAAGCGAGAGAAAGAGGAGAAGAAAAGGGAGAAGGAGGAGAAGAAGAGAGAAAAGGAGCGUAAGGAAGAGGAGGAAGAGAAGAGAAAGGAGAGAGAAGAGACUGAAAAGCGAGAGAAAGAGGAGAAGAAAAGGGAGAAGGAGGAGAAGAAGAGAGAAAAGGAGCGUAAGGAAGAGGAGGAGAGAGAAAAGGAAAGAGAGAAGGAGAGAGAGAGAGAAGAAAAAGAGAAAAAAGAAAAGGAGGAUAGAAAGAGGGAAAGAGAGGAGAAGAAGAAAGAAAAAGAGAGAGAAAGGGAAGAGGCCGAGAAGAGGGAGAAGGAGGAGAAGGAGAAAGAGAAGGAAGAGAAGAAGAAAGACAAGGAAAAAAAGAAGAAGGCCAAGGAGGCUGACUCAGAAACUCAACUGUUUCCUGAAGAACUCAAGCCGGACGAAAUUGAGGAGCUCCUCUCUGCUCCGAAAGAUGCGUCGACGACUGACGCGUUUGAUUUUUGGGGCGUGUUACCCCAACGUCGAUCCAUGUACAAGGCAAAAUUACAUCUGCUGACAUCUGCGGUUCUGGAAGAUGCCACUGAGGACGCCGAUGUUACAUCCCUUUCCAAGGCAAAUGACACAACUUCAUUGAAGCGUAAGCCUAUCGGAGGCAAAAUUGCCGAUAAACUCAAGUCUUUUGAAGCUGCCAACGAGGAAGGGGCUAUCCCGGUACCGCCGCCUCCAACAUCUCCACCCAAGGACGUGAAUCAGAAAGACAAGAAGAAGAAGUCCAAGAUUGUCGAGGUUGUUGAGCCCCCCGUUUCUUCAUCAAGGAAGAGUCGCAAGGAAGCCGGCAUCCCCGGAAGCUUUCCCAUCGACGAUGAGGAUCCAGACUUCGUUGUUGCUGACACCAGUCCCUUCACGGACAAGAAGAAGAGCAAGAAGAGCAGAUUCAAAGCUUACGACGAAGCCUCACCUCCUCCGCCACCCGUUCCUGAUGCACCACUGACACCGCCACCUGAGAAACCUUCUCGAAAAGAACGCCCUAAGAUAAGCCGCGAUGGCUCGUCGUCAUGGGGCGCAUGGGGCACGUCGAGCUCUCGCAAAGACGAGCGCAAGGAUGAGCGCCGAUCAUCCAAGUCCAAGACCGAACGGUCAUCCAAGCGAUCUGGCGAGAAGUCGUCAUCAAAGGGCUCAGGGUCGGGCGACGAGAAGCCUGAGAAGUCUGAAAGGCCCUCCAAGACGCCUUCCAGGUCGCGCGGCUCCGCUGCCGUUAGCACGCCGCCCAUUUCGCGAUCGAUGUCUACACGCGACAAAAAAGCCAACGGCGGCCACUCUUCACGCCGCCAUUCUGUAGGUGCGCAUGGCAUGGCUUCGCCGCCGCCCGAGGAGACGCCCGACAAGGCGGCCAAGAUUCUCGGCAUCGGCAAGUCUUCUAGCAAGAGACGCCCGAACCGCGAUGAUCCAGGAAUUGCCAUGAGUGGUGCUCUGGAUCCCGACGCCGCAAGAGUAGACCGCCGUCGAAGCAGAAAGCUCCCGGACGAGGAUAUCGUCAUGGUAGAUGCUGGUGGUCCCUCGGAAACGCCUCUUAAGCGUGGCAAGAAGUCCGGAUUUUCUGGUCUUUUCAGUGGUCUGAUGUCCAAGGGAAAAGCCGAAGUGACGGACGACGGCGAAGCCAUGGAGACUGAUCGUGAUACUCGUCGCAGGAGUAAGCGGAGCACCGGUAGUGACGGCUCUAAGGAGGAUGCUCGCCGCGCUAAAACGCGCAAGCGCGAUGAUGAAGCCAAGCUGGACGAUAAGGAGGCACGCCGUGCUGAGCGGCGUGCUCGCAAGCAGGAGGAGGAAGAGCGCCGCGAUCGUGAGGACCGCGACGCCCGCCGAGCAGAACGCCGACGCCAGCGCAAGGAGAAGGAGGCUGCAGCCAUGGCGGCCGAGAUGGAGAAUCCAGACGUGGAUCGCGAUGUCAAGAGGGAACGCCGCAGGUCGCGUCAGGUAGACGGCGUUGAAGACGAUGCCGAGCGUCGACGCCGCCGGGAAGCUCGUCGCGAAGCUCGCACUGCCACCGAAGAGGGUGGCAGGCGAAAGAGCAGCCGUCGCCCAAGUGAAGAUGAGCAUGUUUACCCGCACAAGGACCGUCGUCGUGACAAGGACAGGAAAGGCGCAAAUUGGCCGCAUUCAGGUACAUCAUCUUGGGUGAAGGAGCACUCUGAUGCGCCUCCACCGCCAGAUGGUGGUGACGGGAAUAAUGACCAGGCUCGGCGUGAGCGACGCGCCCACCGUCGUGCCAAGCAAGCUGGUGAAGCUACCGCCGACGAAGCCGACGAUGAGAGACGCCGGCGCAGAAAGGAGGAGCGCCACCGGGAACGCCGCGUACCUGCCUCGGAUGCAAGCGAGGAGCGCCAAACAAGUCGUCGCAACUCGGCAUAUGUCGAGCCGCCUGUGCGGACGAGCUGGUGGAAGAAGAUUACCGGGUAA